AUGCCUCAAAAAAUACGCACAAGUGCAGGGUCAAAGCAACGCCGUCGGUUGGUUCACGCUUGCAGCAGCAGCAAUCGGUAUAACAGCGAACUUGGUCUUCGUUCAUGCCACAAGCCUACAAACCAAUGGCGCUCCAGUCGCAUUUUUUCUAUAUCAAGCCGCUACAGUCGUCUUCCUGGCUGUUCUUCUGGUGAGAAAAGAGCGAUUCAAACAGACUAUUGA